UGGACCGCCAGCUCUGUGGGAUUUAUAAGCACCCUCUGUAUGGAUCUAUCUCUAGCUAGGGGGAAAUUUCAGCAUCGCGCUAUUGUCAUCUAUAGAGGACUUGGUUCAAAAGAAAUGACAUAACCGAUUAGUAAAUAGGAAUGAUGAAGGUUAUUGCGUUUAUUAGGGGCAAACCCGAGGCAAAACGAUCAUAUAUAAGUGAGUUCUUCCCCCUCUAUCGCCAGGAUAGUGUUCUGCUUCACCUGCCAAAGAUUGUCUCUUCUCUGCCUCCUGUAUCUCACCAUGUCUCCGAAUACACGGAUCGUGAUUAUUGGAGCAUCUUAUGCUGGCAUUUGGCUUGCCCAAACCCUUCUCAAGGCAACCCCCAACAUCCACGUUGUGAUCAUAAACCCCUCGGACACAUUCUUUUUCAACAUCGCCUCGCCUCGGAUUCUGGCAAAGCCAACGGCCUAUAAAUCUGACCAGUAUCUACUUCCCAUCGUCAAGGCCUUUGCCCAUGCCCCUGCUGGUGCAUUCGAGUUUAUCCAAGGCCACGCAGUCGACAUCAAUCCUGAUUCUAAAACCGUUGUUGUUGCCAACAAAGGGAUCAUCGCCUUCGACUACCUGGUUAUUGCUUCCGGUAGCUCCACUCCAUCGUCAACAGCUCAUGGAAGCACCUUAGCGCCUUUCAAACCAACCGGAGAGAAAGAUCUGGAGACACAGAUCAACGCCGCGCAACGUGAGAUUGCGCGAGCCAAAUCUGUCGUCAUUGGAGGUGCCGGUGCGGUUGGUGUGGAAUUUGCUGGGGAGCUAGCUGAGGCCUUGAAUGCUCGCAAAAUCGACAUCGCGCUGAUAUCCUCGACGUGGCAUGUUUUGCCCGCACUCAAAAAGGCCGCAUCACAGAGGGCGGAGGACAUACUGACUGAAAAAGGGGUGAAAUUGGUACGGGCGCGCAAGGUUGUGAGGUCGACGCAAGAUGCUACCUCCGGAAAAUGGAAGGUAGACUUGGAUGACGGUCAGACCAUGGAGGCUGACGUAUACAUUUCGACGACCGGAGUGGUUCCCAACAACAAGUUCAUUCCGUCACAGUAUCUGGACAGCAAGGGAUGGGUGUCUGUGGACAGCGAAAUGCGCGUCAUGGGAUCUACUAGCAUUUAUGCGAUUGGAGACAUCACCAGCCACUCGGCUCGCUUGUUACUCAAAGCCCAGGAACAGAUCCCGGUGGUUGCAUGCAACCUUAAAGCUGAUAUCAUGGGGCAAGGCAAGCGAAAGAGAUAUACCGCGGACGAUAAAGUAAUGAUGAUUGUGCCUGUGGGGUCAUCCAGUGGAACUGGCCAGAUGUUUGGGAUGGUUCCAUGGGGAAAGCUGGUUGCCAUGAUCAAAGGAAAAGACUUCUUUGUCUCCAAGGCUAAGGAGAUGAUCGGGAUGAAAUAGAUUCACUAGACCCUAGUUAUUGUGAGAGAUUAUAAGUAUGUAAUGUCUAUUUCCUGCUUUUCAAUGAAUACCAUGCUAUUUGGCUUCUAGCGUAAUCAACAGUUGGACG